UUCUGGAGAUUUAUCAUAAACCAUCAGCAUUUAUUGAAUAAUCAAUGUUAUUUUAGACCUAUUUACGAUUGUUGGUUAUUAGACAUGGCUACACCCAAUUUUUCUCUAUGCUAUCGAAGAAUUUUACAACAGACAAUGGCUGUACGGGCUAAGCUCCCUUCGCCUUUCCUUUACGAAAAAAAAUAUUUAUGCCUAACCUCACACUUUGUUGUUUCCAAAGACAGAAAAAAAUGUUUUGUUGUAGUAGUGAAUGAUUGAAAAAUGAUAAAUCUUAAUUUUAAAAGAUUAUUAAAUUGUUGAUAGAUUUACGUUAUCGAGUAAUAAAUGUCAAUCAUUGAGUUAAGUGGAUAUAACCAAAAACUUCUAAUAUGAAGGCCGCAAAGAAAUCUGAUGCUAAAAAACCCCACAUUAACGGUGUUAUAAAAUUUUUAAAAACAAGCAGUAUAGAAUGGCCAGAAUACAUCACCGAGUUAAAUUUGAGUAAUAGCAAAAUUCGUUGGCAAGAGGAAAACAUAAAAUUUCCACCAAAUGUGAUGGAUUUAAACAUUUCCCACAAUGAACUAACUGAAGUUCCAAGUGCUGUGUUGAAUCUUGAAAAAUUGAAAAAUUUAGAUAUCUCUUAUAAUAUCAUUACUUAUUUUGAUGAGUAUCCUAAAUUUUGUCAUGCAAUAGAAGUGUUGAAUCUAUCCCAUAAUAAUUUACAUGGUCCACCUUAUUGGGUAUGGACUGGGGCACCGAUAAAAUUAACAAAUAUUAACCUUGGUUUCAAUUAUAACUUAAGAAAAUCAUUUGAAUGCAGCUACUUUGAGGAACUUCUUCAAUAUACUACACAAUUAAUUAAUAUUAAGAUUAAUAACUGCAGUCUCACCCAACACUUGAAACUGUUAAUUACAUUACCUAAAGCAAAAGUUCUAGAACUAGGUUCUUCUACUUUGAGUUUAUUUUCAAUGAAUAGAAUACAUGAAGUGCCAUGUGAGGAACUCAAAAAGUGCUGUGAUAUGGAAAGACUGAACCUAAGCAAUGUUCAAUUGUACACUAUAAAGAAUAAUAUAGAUAUAUUAUCAAAACUAGUCGAAAUAAACCUUUCACAUAAUGAAAUAAGUAAUAUACCAGAUGAGUUCUGCAAUUUAGAGCACUUAGAAAUAUGCAACUUGUCUUACAAUCACAUUUUGUACUUACCAGACAAUAUCAGUAAAUUAGGAAGACUUGUUUCUUUACAAAUUAAUAGCAAUGAGUUGUGCAUGUUACCAGAGAGUAUUUCAGAGUUGAAAAAGCUUCAAAUUCUUGAUCUGUAUGAUAAUAGUCUUUAUGAGAUUCCUGAUGGGCUGAAAAAUAUUGCUGAAAUAGACCUAGCACAAAAUUAUUUUGAUGAGCCAGAGGAACUAAAUUAUUUGGAAAAAAGAGAUAGACUCAGACUAAGUGUUCCAGACAGAUUCAAUGGAAAGUGAGUAUUAUUUCUGUUAAAAAGAUUAAAUACGGUUCUUAAUAUCAAUCAUAAAAAAAUUGCAUAAUAACUCCAUGCUGUUACAUUUUAUACAGAUUUUUUUCUGUACACUCUAUCUGACCUUUAUAUUGAUGUUAAGAUUUAACAUAUUAUACAAAAUUUUUGGUCUCUUCCUUAUUAACUGUUUCAAGCAGUUUUAUUCCAUUGUUCCACACUUCAUAUACCUCAAUAUCCUGACUUUUCAUUUUUAAUAUACAUACCUAAUUUCAGGAAAAUAGAACAUGAAAGGCCAGAAAGUGAGAGAUCUUUUGAAGAGACAGAUGAUGAAGAGCUACUAUUAAGUUCUUGCAGUAAUCAAGAACCUCAUCAUACAUAUGAUGACCCACCUAGUUCACCAGAAGAUUGGGAUUCGGAUGACUACUGGGUGCCCAGGUUCCACAAACAACCUACUCCUCCUCCGCACUCACCAUGGCUUUACUUCGUCAAAAGAAAAAUGGAGGAAGGCAACUUCUGUCCCAUGGAUAUCCACACAGUUUCUAUAGCAGACAAGGUUAAAUAUGAGAAACUCUGCAAACCUCCAGUGUUGUAUGAAUCUGAUGGACAGUUUGACGAUUAUUCAGAUGAUAACAGCUGAUAAUAGUAUAUAUGAUUAAUAAUUAUUAAAUAAGAUAAUAUAAUGAUCAAAUAAUUAGGAUUAAUUUCAAAUAAUUAAAAUGAACAAUUUACUUGAUAUAUUCUCAAGAAAUCAAAACUACCAAACCUGAGAAUCUAUUACAUUUGAUGUUUAUCAGCAUUUCUUAAAGCAAUUAUUUAAUUAUAAGUAUAAUAAACUAAACUUGACUAUAUUGUAUAAACCUUAAUAUACAAUAGAUAAUAUUUGAUGAUACAACAAUCCACGCAGUUCAUUCAACCUCCAAAAUUUAUUUAAUGAUAAAUAAUGUUGCUUAAUGUAGUAAGUAAUGAUGUUACACUGAUAUUUCAUAUAAGCACUAUAACUCGUGUCGCGUACGACAAAACGCCAUCGUCAAUUAUUUAAUAAUAAAAUAAAUAAAAAAUUACUUUAUUAUUCAGUGCGACGCGGACCGUCCGCCACGGACUACACAUGUGGCAGGCAUGUCUACAGGAGCGAUGGGUGUUAUUCAAUUAGUGAUUUGCGUGAACUGAGAUCAUUAAUUAUUCAGUGAUACAAUAACUAUCUACUUUCCACAACACUUUAAAGUAAAGCUGAAUUCACUCUUAAGUAAAUCACUUAAGGGCGACGCGCUUACAAUAUCCGCGAUUACCAAGAAGCGGCGAUCAUAGUAAGCAGUGAUACGUAGACAUCUUUAAGAGAUAAACGCUUUACAUUGACGGUCACGUAAUGCAAUUUUAAUAACCGUAUACAAUAUAACGCGUAAUGUAGAGCGUUUAAAUAAUAAGGAUAGCAAACAAUGCAACCUGUCAUGUGUAAAUGAAACAACAACAGGAUAUCAGUAUACGUGUGAAUGAAAUAGGUGUAUGUUUGUACGUUCCGUGUAGUUCGACUUUCGGAGUGAUCAAGCAACAACCCAAAAUCGAGCUUUAUCGCGUUUGCAUAAGAGUUAAAUUCGCUUUGACUAUAGCGUUGCAGAAAUAACUAGUUAUCAAAAAUAGACAGUUUUGAUCGGUGAUUGGCGAACUGAUGGCGGUUGCGUUACAUGAUUUAAAAAAUGGAUAACGACCCAUCGCUAGUCUUCAGACUCGCCCGCAGGCAUGCCUGUCUAAUGAAUUCUCCACUUAAUGAAAUGAAAUGAAAUAUCUUUAUUCAAGUAGGCUAUUUCCCCUACCACUUGUUCAGGACGUCUUUUAGCUGACAAGAAGAACAAGCGAAAAAAACUUACCAGCUUUUUAUCAUAAGUAAUGACAUUUACAUAAAUCAUAGGGCCACGUCCCACGACAUAUACUAACCCUUUGCUUCGAGUUGGCCGUCGAUGACCGUUACUACGAGGGUCAAACUGAAAGUUCUUAGAAAAUCAAAAACUGAUUACAUUAGCCAGUUAUUAGUUUUAUUAUAUCUUUUCAAAAUAUUGUCCAUUCACGUCAAUACACCGCUGCAUGCGAU